ACACUUCUUUUCUGUGCACUAAGAAAGUAAAUGAGCCUCUAACCCUUCUAGGAAAACCCUUAUCUUCCCUUAUUUCUCUUUAAAUUAUUAUUCAUCUUCCUCUCUCUCUUUCUAUAUAUUCUACCCUAGAAGAGAGAAGAAGAAGAAGAAGAUUGUUGUUGAUAUAUAUCAAAUAAUAAUAAUAAUAAUAAUAAUAAUAAUAAAUAUGGGAAGGGGUAAGAUUGAGAUUAAGAAAAUAGAGAAUACAAGUAAUAGAGCAGUGACUUAUGCUAAGAGAAAAGCUGGAAUUUUCAAGAAGGCUAAGGAGAUUGCUAUUCUUUGUGAUGUUAAAGUCUCACUCAUCAUCGUUUCUGGAUCUGGCAAAAUGGAUGCCAUGUGUAGUCCUGAUAAUUCGUUGAGUACCAUAUGUGAGGAAUAUCACAAACACUCCAAAGAGAAGUUAUGGCCUGCUAAGCAUGAGAACCUGCACAAUGAAAUUGAAAUGGUCAAAAAAGAAAAUGAGAACAUGGUGAUAGAGCUGAGGCACCUGAAUGGACAGGAUAUCAAUCUGAACCACUAUGAACUGAUACCUAUUGAGGAGGCACUUGAGAAUGGUCUUAUAAGUGUUCGUGCCAGAAAGUCGGAGUUAGUUAACAUUCUUAGGCAAAAUCUGGAAGCUAAAGAGGAAGAGCAUAAGCGCCUCAUUUGCGAGCUGCACCAAAAGAUGGAAGUAGUAGGGGAUCAUGGGUAUCAUAAUCAUCAUCAUCAUCAUGAUCAGAGGCUGAAUUUGAGGGACUACAAUAAUGCCCAUAUGCCUUUAGCCUUCCGUGUCCAGCCUAUGCAGCCAAAUCUCCAAGAGAGAAUUUAGUAUUAUUUAUAUAUAUAUAUAUGAUCAUCAUUAUAUAUAAGAGAUCUCACUAUAAUUAAAGUGAUUAUUAUUACAAGCUUGUUUUAUCAGUUAAAGUCUGUAUUGCUAAUUAAGGACUAAUUAAAAGACUUCUUAUAUAUAUGUUGUGGGAGAGAUAUAUAGUCAAUGUGUGUGGACGGUAAUUGCCUUAUCCCCUUUUGUGGUUAUCAAUUAAUAUAUAAAUGAUAUAUUGCAAUAUUA